AUGCCGUCAAAAGCCGUCGUUUUAGCGGCGGUCUUGUGUUUGAUUUCUCUGUCACCGUUUGCCGUCGGAAUACGGACGGGUCCGGGGAGGAUCACGACCGGAGGCGGCGGCGGACAUGGGCGUAAUAAACUGGGUCCGUUCAUGGAGGCUCCGGAAUACAGAAACGGCAAGGAGUGUGCGUCGUCGUCAGUGAACAGAGAGAACUUCUUGUCGUCUACCAACGACCCAUCUCUCGUCCACAUCGCGAUGACUUUGGACUCAGAGUACCUCCGUGGCUCGAUCGCAGCCGUCCAUUCCGUUCUCCGCCACGCGUCGUGUCCGGAGAACGUCUUCUUCCAUUUUAUCGCCGCCGAGUUCGACUCGGCGAGCCCGCGUGUGCUGAGUCAACUCGUCCGGUCAACUUUCCCGUCGCUGAACUUUAAAGUCUACAUUUUCCGGGAAGACACGGUGAUCAACCUGAUAUCGUCGUCGAUCAGGCAAGCCCUGGAGAAUCCGUUGAACUACGCUCGGAACUACCUCGGAGACAUUCUCGAUCGAAGCGUUGACCGAGUCAUCUACCUCGACUCGGAUGUGAUUGUGGUCGACGACAUCACCAAGCUUUGGAACACUGAGUUGACCGGGUCACGUGUCAUCGGAGCUCCGGAGUAUUGUCACGCGAACUUCACGCAGUACUUCACUCCCGGGUUCUGGUCAGACCCGGAAUUACCGGGUCUAAUCUCGGGUCGAACACCUUGCUAUUUCAACACGGGAGUGAUGGUGAUGGAUAUGGUUAGGUGGAGAGAAGGGAACUACAGGGAGAAGCUUGAGAGAUGGAUGCAAUUGCAGAAGAAGAAGAGAAUCUACGAGCUUGGGUCUUUGCCACCGUUUCUGCUUGUGUUCGGAGGCAAUGUUGAAGCUAUUCAUCAUAGAUGGAACCAGCACGGUCUAGGAGGAGACAACAUACAAGGAAGCUGUCGGUCUCUGCACCCUGGUCCCGUGAGUUUGUUGCAUUGGAGUGGGAAAGGGAAGCCAUGGGUGAGACUUGAUGAGAAGAGGCCUUGUCCGUUGGAUCAUCUUUGGGAGCCAUAUGAUCUUUAUAAGCACAGGAUUGAGAGAGCUAAGGAUCAGUCUCUGUUUGGGUUUGCUUCUUUGUCGGAGUUAACAGAUGAUUCCAUCUUUUUGUGA